UGUUUCAAAGACUGUACUUUAAUAUUUAACCCUUUUUAUAGUCGAAAAACUGAAUGUUUGCAAUGUCAGUACUCAUAUUCCGUCAUGAAGUUUGCUAGUGUUAUUUUAGUUCACGAAAAUUCAGCUCAUUGACUCUCCCCUUCGUGAGUGACAGUGGUAUGACCGAAGUAAGAUCUCUGAAAGCGUGAGUGCAGCCUCUUGCUUUCCUGGACGAAAUUGCUGCUGCCUUUUUUCCUUGUUAUGGAUUUACGAGAAUGCUUCGUAAUGUCUAGUUUCUGACUUGCAAAAGACACCACCCAAUUCCUGAAGUUUCCUUACACACAGAACUUGGAAGCAGACACAGAGAUGGACAGCAAAGAUGAGAUUAGUGAUAGCGACAGCGGAAUUAUCCUCCAGUCUGGCCCUGACAGUCCCACAUCGCCAACAAAGGAGCUGGCCGUCCAUACCAGGGCCGUACGACUGAAGCAUCAAGCCCUGGAAGAACGUCUGGAGCAAUGUCUGCAGGAGCUGAGGAAACUCUGCAUCCGAGAGGCAGAACUGACAGGACAGCUGCCCGCAGACUACCCCCUGAUGCCUGGAGAGAAACGGCCGUGCGUGCGGCGGCGUGUCGGGGCUACCUUUUCUCUGAACAGGGAGAGUGUCCAGACUGAAGGAAAGGACCCCGAGUUGCUUUCAUUGGAAGCAAAGCUGGCGCUACAGAUGCGCAUCCUAGAAGCGGCCCGUAAACUGUGCCUUGAGGAACACCUGAGCAGGUCAGUGAAGAAGAGCCGCCUGCAGCAGAGUAAGCGUGAAGAGCGGAAGCUGAAGGAGCUGCAAAGGGCCUUAUCUCUGCGAAGAGACAUUUUCUCUUACCCUGUGGCCAAACCUAGUGGUCCAGAUACAUUAGAUAACCCUCUAUCAGACUCUGCGCUUCAAGAGGAAGUGGAAGACCAGGCAACACAGGUGUUCUCAGAACACCUUUGUUCAGAAGACCCCCCAGAACAUCUUCAGCACCACCCCCAGGACCCCCCUUCGGACAUUCUGGAAGGACCAAGGCCGACACAGCGCUGCAGGGUGGAGUAUGAACGCUGCCCUGUCCCAAACUCGCCGUGGAAAGAGUCCAGCUUGGACCAGCCCUAUCGGAAGCCCACCAAGGCCCAGUCUACUAACAGCAGUUGUUCCAGCAGCCCAGUGGUGACCCCGCGUUCCCCACCUCUGGACCUCCAGCUGGGAGAUGCCCUCCCACCACUUCUCCAUGCUCAGACACUGGGCCACAGUCAGGCCAGCAGCGCUCCCUGCACCCCGGAGCUGCCACAACGCCGCCCGCACUUCCAGUCAUUCAGACUGCCCAGGUAUCAGACUCCUGACACCUCAGAAAAUCGUCCAACAGGACAGCCAACGUGCCGACGACCCUGUGACCUUUCCAUGACCCCGCCGGAGUACUUGGCCCUAAUGACUGGCUUUGGGAAGCUGCGAUAUGCGUCCAGCUCUGAGGACAGCAGCUCGGAGCACUCUGUAUCCUCACAUACCAGCUCUCCUGGUCGCAACAGCCCCAGUGAGAUGACCAGGUCGUGCCCCCCCCCGUACGGAUACUAUAUUGCCCAUCACAGUGGCUCAAAUGGCACCAGACGCCAAUUCAGUCCUCAUGAAAGCAGACUCCAUAGAGGUCCACCGAACAGCAGUUCUCAUGUCAGCAGCUACCCCCACAACAGGCAGCACACUGGACACCCCAAGGGGCCCCAGCCACAGUCUGGAAGCAGCUUCUGCAAGCCUUCUCAGGUUCAACAUCCAACCAGCUGCAACAGGGCUCCAAUGGGACAAGAGCUGCCAUACCCCCCUGAGCUGCAUGUGGCACGUCUCUACUUAGGCCCGCCCCCUCUAGCCCAAGGUGCCGCGCCACAGUACGAUCACUGGAAUGGGAAAGCUCCACCCCCCCAUGUCAGGCUGGCCCGCGCACCUUCCCUCAGGGAGUACCCGCAGCACCACAGCUGGGCGUCUCCCCAGGGGAUUGUGUCCGAGGAGCUCCGCAGCUGGCAGCAGCGCACGCAAAGUCACGAGGCCCGCUCGCGCUCCCUGGACAGGACUGGGGCUGAAAGGGCAUACCAACCACACGCUGCAGGCCUGCAGGCCCCAAAGGUUCCCCAGAGACGAAUCCUGCAGAGAUCCCCUGACGGGACCCCUGUGCAGUGGUUUGAAGAGGAGGAGUGUGAGAUAGUGAGUCAGGUGUAGAUCGGAACACAAGGUUCCUGUUACUGUGCUCCAAUUCAGGAUUCUGCUGUACGUGUAGCUUGAUGUUUGAAUGAGCACGUUUGGGUUAAAUCCUUCCCUCAAGAGCAGAAGAGUAAGACCAGUGGUCAGCAGCCUGGGGAGAAUCACCCUCCACAAGAGACACUCUCAACUGCUAUUCAUCAUGUGCUUGAAGCAAGCCAGCGAUCCCUGUGUAAGGCUGUAUGCCUGUUUACUGCUGUAGGCAAAUAUUAAAAACUGACCUUUUAGAAAACUGAACUGAAUAUGCUCUUUGCAUAGUCUCUGCUGAUAUUUCUUACAUGAAAUUUAUAAUGCUAUUAUAUCAAGGGCAUUUUUGUAAAACACUGAUUUGUGUCUGAGUAAUGUUAGCUCCAAAUUAAUAUAGGGAUAAUAAUAUAGAAAUUUUUAAAUACCACAGUUUAUAGAGACAAUAGGCUUAGCUUUAGCUUUCUUUUCUUAUGCGUUUCUGAUUUACAUUUAUCUUCCACAUGAGUCUGGCAACUCUACAGUACUGAAUUUCUGUGAAAAUGGCAUAUUUAUAAUAAAGUAUUUAUCAUUUUUGAUGUGGCAAAGUGCUUUUUAA